GGGCCGGCGGGGCCCCGGCUCCCUCCGCUCCUCGGCUUAUGGACGGCGGCAGCGGCAGCAGCAGCAGCGCUAGCAAGCAAGCGAGCAAGCAACCUGCACCAGGACUGCGCGGAGGAGUGGGAGCCCGCGAUGCUUUGGCCUCAGUACUUUUCCUUAGCCUGUCUGGCUAACCGGGGCCAUUGCUGCCGCCGCUGCUGCUGCUAGACACACAACACACACCAACAUCAGGAGGGGGAAAAGUAAGGGAGAGAGGAGAAAAAAAAAAAAAAAAAAUCCCAGGAAGAUGGCGCCUACCAAGCCAAGCUUUCAGCAGGAUCCUUCCAGGCGAGAACGUUUACAAGCUUUGAGGAAGGAAAAGUCCCGAGAUGCUGCUCGCUCUCGCCGGGGAAAGGAAAAUUUUGAAUUCUAUGAGUUGGCAAAGUUGUUGCCACUGCCUGCAGCCAUUACCAGCCAGCUUGACAAGGCGUCCAUCAUCCGACUUACAAUUAGCUAUCUGAAAAUGAGGGACUUUGCUAAUCAAGGUGAUCCUCCAUGGAACUUGAGGAUGGAAGGACCUCCACCUAAUACAUCAGUAAAAGGGAUUCAAAUGUGGAAAUCUGAGGUCUGCAUGAGAAAGACACCAUGUGAAGUUAUAGGUGCCCAGCGCAGGAGAAGUCCCAGUGCCCUUGCCAUUGAAGUAUUUGAAUCACAUUUGGGAAGUCAUAUUUUACAGUCCCUGGAUGGAUUUGUAUUUGCACUAAAUCAAGAAGGAAAAUUUUUGUACAUUUCAGAAACUGUCUCCAUCUAUUUAGGCCUGUCCCAAGUGGAACUGACAGGCAGCAGUGUGUUUGACUACGUCCACCCGGGAGACCAUGUGGAGAUGGCAGAGCAGCUGGGCAUGAAGCUUCCCCCGGGGCGAGGCCUCCUCUCGCAGGGUACAGCAGAGGAUGGAGCCAGCUCAGCAUCCUCGUCUUCCCAGUCCGAGACCCCUGAGCCAGUGGAAUCUACAAACCCCAGUUUGCUAACCACUGACAACACUCUAGAGCGCUCUUUCUUCAUCCGAAUGAAAUCUACACUGACCAAGCGAGGAGUGCACAUCAAAUCAUCAGGAUACAAGGUGAUUCAUAUAACAGGCCGGUUACGUCUGAGAGUAUCACUAUCACACGGACGGACAGUACCCAGCCAAAUCAUGGGACUUGUUGUCGUUGCUCAUGCUUUGCCACCUCCUACAAUUAAUGAAGUCAGGAUUGACUGCCACAUGUUUGUCACUCGUGUGAAUAUGGACCUCAAUAUCAUUUACUGUGAAAAUAGGAUUAGUGAUUACAUGGAUCUGACCCCUGUAGAUAUUGUAGGAAAGAGAUGUUACCACUUCAUUCAUGCUGAAGAUGUGGAAGGCAUUAGACAUAGUCACUUAGACUUGCUGAAUAAGGGUCAGUGUGUAACAAAGUAUUACCGCUGGAUGCAGAAGAACGGAGGUUAUAUCUGGAUACAAUCUAGUGCAACCAUAGCUGUCAACGCCAAGAACGCAAGUGAGAAGAAUAUCAUUUGGGUCAAUUACCUCCUUAGUAACCCAGAGUACAAGGACACUCCAAUGGAUAUUGCACAACUUCCUCAUCUGCCAGAGAAAACCUCAGAAUCCUCGGAGACCUCUGACUCUGAAUCGGACUCAAAGGACAACUCAGAGGACAAUGAGAACUCAAAGUCAGAUGAGAAAGGAAACCAGUCAGAAAACAGUGAAGACCCUGAAUCUGACAGGAAAAAGUCAGGAAAUCAGUCAGAUAAUGAAAUGAACUGUAAUGAGGAUGGGAACAGCUCCAGCAACCAGGACAGCAGGGACAGUGAUGACAGCUUUGAAAACUCAGACUUCGAGAAUCAAAAGGCCCCUGAGGACAGUUUUGGCACUCUUGGCUCUAUGCAGAUCAAGGUGGAGCGCUACGUUGAGAGUGAGUCAGACUUGCGGUUGCAGAACUGUGAAUCACUGACUUCCGACAGUGCCAAGGACUCAGACAGUGCAGGUGAAGUAAAUGCCCAGUCUUCCAGCAAACAUCAGAAGAGGAAGAAGAGGAGAAAAAAGCAAAAGGGUGGCAGCAUGACCCGGAGAAGGCUGUCAAGCACCUCAAGUCCAAAUGGACUUGAUUCAGCUUUGGUGGACCAGCCCCAGCUGCUCUCGUCACCAAACAGUGCCUCAGUGCUCAAAAUUAAAACAGAAAUCUCAGAACCUAUCAAUUUUGAUAAUGAUAGCAGUAUUUGGAAUUACCCACCCAACAGGGAAAUCUCAAGGAAUGAAUCACCCUACAGUAUGACCAAGCCCCCCAGUUCCGAGCACUUCCCUUCCCCCCAAGCCAGCAGUAGUUUACAUGUCUCCAUUCCAGACUCUGUUCUCACUCCACCAGGGACUGAAAAUACUGCCAGCCGUAAAACUCAGUUCAGCACCUCAUCCAACUCGGCCUUGGCUCCAGUGUCCUCUGACCCUUUGUCACCCCCACUUUCAGCAUCUCCAAGGGACAAACAUCCAGGCGGUCCCACAGCGUCCAACUCUUUGUUGUACACUGGGGAUCUGGAAGCUCUUCAGAGGUUACAAGCAGGCAAUGUGGUGCUUCCUUUGGUUCACAGGGUAACGGGAACCCUUGCUGCGACCAGCACUGCUGCUCAGAGGGUCUACACCACUGGCACUAUUCGGUAUGCUCCAGCUGAAGUUACCUUAGCCAUGCAGGGCAACCUCCUCCCCAACACCCAUGCUGUUAACUUUGUUGAUGUUAACAGCCCCAGUUUUGGUCUGGAUCCUAAAACACCGAUGGAAAUGCUCUACCACCACGUUCACCGACUCAAUAUGUCGGGACCGUUUGGAAGUGCUGUGAGCGGGGCCAGUCUGACCCAAAUGCCUGCAGGGAAUGUGUUCACAACUGCCGAAGGACUUUUUUCCACUCUUCCAUUUCCUGUGUACAGCAAUGGCAUUCACACUACACAGACUCUGGAACGGAAAGAGGAUUGAAAUACGACCACAUACUGUGUUCAGUGUUAUACUCUGAGGCAUAGACUGUGUUUUAAUUUAGACCUUUAAUUCUAGCACUUUGAAUUUGAGCAGGUCAGCUUAUUAUCUCAAUAUGAUGGUCCCCAUUUCAUUCCCUUUCUCUUUAACUUGACUUAUUCUUUAAUGUAAAGAUAUUUUUUUAUUUUUGCCUUCAGAGAGUCGAAGUACCAGUUGCCUGCCAUUUUGUCUUCUUCUAAGAUGUGUGUUUUUUUCCUUUGCAUCUUUAUUAAGAUGCCUUUAAUAUGUGUAUGCCUCUGCCAUAGAAUACUCAGUGUUGUGGUAAAGAGAUUUUAAAGUGACAACCAUUGGUUUUACUUCAAAAUGAUCUUGAUAUGAUCAAGAUUAAAAGAGACAAGCAUAAACAAUGUGCCCUGUUUGACUAAGUCAAAUGAAAGGGGGGUUUUGUUCCUAAUUCCUUUAAAAUAGGGGAUAGUAUUUUAGAAUUUUAUGCAGAGUUUAAUUCUCUUUUUAUGGUUAAGAUUUUCUUACUUGCACAUAAAAUAAUUUGGGUUCUUAAAAAGUUAAUUUCUGGCCUGUGAUUAGAAUGUUAAAAAGUUGGACUAAAUGUUAAUUACAGAAACUUUAACUUAAUUUCUAAAACCAUGGUGCUAUCAUUUAUUAAUCUGUAAUGUCUUCAUACAAUAUGCAGCUUGUGGGCUGGGUUUUUUGGAAAGAAUGUGUUCCGUACUGGUUUAUAGUGGGGUGCUGCAGUCUCCUUGGUUAGUUAAGACAAAAGCCCUCAUUAACAUUUGCUGCAGGACUUAAAAUUUGUUACCUCCAAACUAACAAGCAUAGCCUCACAUCAAAUUUAAAUGGGUCAGGAAGCCUUUUUCAAAAAGAGCUUAAAAACAAAAAACUCAAUUUAAUUGACACGAGGAGCAGUUUCUUAGGUGCAUAUUGUUUUGCUUUAUUUUUUUUCUCAGUGUAACUGAGGCUAAUUUUACAACAUCAAAUAACACUUCAGAGUAAAAAAAAAAAAAAAAAAAAACCAAAAAAAAAGAGAAAAAUAAAAGAAAAAAAAACCAGAAGAACUAUUUAACAUGGUUUUUUGUUUUUUUUUUUCAUUUAAUAUUAUAGAGGGAAGGUUGUAAAUUUCUUUUUUGUUCUUUGAUUUGGGUAUUUUUUUGUUGUUUUCUUUUUACUUAUUUCUAGUGUUGAAACCAAUAUGUUUUAAAACUAAAGGAUGGGUUAAUAAGCUUGAAAUAGAUAACUACAACUGAAAACUGCACAUUAAGUAAAAGAAAAGAAAUCUCCUAUUUUGUCUUUGUUGCCAGAAAUCACAGUGUAGUGUCAAACACUCCAAAUGACUGUCAAAUAUAAAUUCUUCUUCCACUCCAUCUUUGGCAGCUGUUUGUUAAGGCAUCUAAUAACAGAUGUGAGAACUGUAAUGUGUACAAUGUGUAAGUGUCCUUGGCUGUCAGUCCCAUUGCAGUUUCAAUGUGUGUUACUAUAUGCAGUAUAUACUAAGCUAAUGUAGUUGUUUUGUCCUUUGUCUUCUCUGUGCUUUAUCUCUAGUCUGGAGUGGUAAAGUCCCAUUCCUGCAGUCCUAGUGAACCAGUGAUUCUUGGGGGUUAGUGGUUUUUGUGUGGUGGCCUUCCUCUGUAAUGUCACCUUAUGCUGCUUCCACUGUCUGUAUACCUUUUAAUUUCUGCUGUUGCUUUGCUGUUGUGUAUUCUCAAACCUCUCUCCCCCCCUUCCUUUCUCCCCUCCUCCUCCACAUGUUUCCCCCUCUCUCUCGCUCUCUCGUUCUUUCUUCUUCACUCUCAGAGAUAAAAGACUCUUAACUAGCUCAAGGUUAAUGGAGCCAUUUUUCCCACAGAGGAAUUCUGGGUAUGACUUACUCUUCCAGUGUACCCCACAAUGCACUACAGAGUAAUGCUCAGAUAUAUUAAGCAAAUUGACGCCAUAUAGCCUCAGUUGUUAACAUUCCCAGAGUCCUUGUGCUCGAACUGUAAGCAGAGGGUGCAUUUCUUUGGUUUUCUCCAAGGUAGGCUGGCAGAGCAAUAUGUAGGGCAAUUACCAGUGAGAUAGGAAAUUCUUUCAAAGGUCAACUGGCAUUGUUUUAAAAGGAAACUGAGCUUAGAAUUGUCAUAUAUAUUCGCUUAUGUGUGCAAUGCUAAUGUAUUAACUCAGCUGUCCUUCGAAUUUUUCAUCACUCACUGCGUUGAGUCAAUUUCUGCGGUAGCUUUGAAUUUGAGAAGUAGGUCCAAGUCACAGAGGAGUGAUAGCAAAAAAGGAAUUGGAUGCUAGAAAUUUAAUUAAUGAGCUUUUAAAGGUUCCAUGGGAAGGAUUUAUGUAGGUCUGAAAAAGGUGAGAAAGCUGAUUGGGAAAUUCAAAGUUUAAUUUUGGAAGCUCUGCUCUAGCUAUGGAACAAUCAAAGGACUGCACCUAUCAGCUACAAAGAACAGCUAGACAGCUGUUGUUGUUUUGGGUUUUUUUUAUAAAUGUUUCUGUGUUGUGUCAAAAUGAUUUCUGGUGAUUUAAACUAACAGAUAAUCACAGCUGCUGUCUAAAUCCAUAGUGUUUAAAAUGACAAAAUGAAAAAAAAACUUCAUUACCUGUGAA